AAUAUCAUUGAAGGAACAUCUACGAUGAUGGUGGUUUUGUUGCAGAUAGAUACUAAAUUGUUGAAUUUACCCUCAUGAUAUGCUAGACCUAGUUUAAAAUCAGUUCUAGUUAAAUAUACAGUGCUGUGCUAGGCAUAGGUGGGCUAGAUAGACCUAGCUCGGUGUCCUCACUCAACAGCUCCGAAACAGUCACAACACUCUCCAGUCCAGGAGCUGCUGGCUAUGUUGUAUGUAGGCGACCGGCUAGUUCCAUAAACUUGAGCAAAUUAUUUGUUAAUCCGUUUUUCCAUGCAUACUGAUGAUAGACAGAUGGAUCUUUUCAAGUACCAGCAUGGAAGCAUGAAAAUACUGAAGUUUGUUCAUCUGACUGAUGAAUAUGUAUCCACCAAAGAAUGAAAAUGAAUACAAAUCACAUCCCAGAAGACAACGUUGGAUGCUACUAAUACUUGUACCUUCUGGGGUGUUAAUAUAUGGAUCUCACUCUGUGUUGUUAAACUUGAGUAAAGUCAAUGGAAGCGUACCAUUUAACUCAGCAUCAUGUGUUGUCAUGAUAGAAAUUCUCAAGUUAAUCAUUUCUUUGUUGCUACUAUGGAAGGAAUGUACUAUUGAUGGGAAUGUUUUUGAAAUGCUGCCAUUCCGACAUGCUUUGCUGUUCUCUGUUCCUGCACUACUCUACUGUCUAAACAAUAAUUUUGUUGUUCAUAUACAAUUGUAUAUGGAUCCUGCUAGCUUUCAGGUUCUUAGUAACUUAAAGACAGUCAGCACUGCUUUGCUUUAUCGUCUUAUCAUAAGACGACGUUUGUCUUCCAAGCAAUGGCUUGCUAUUGUAUUGUUGAUGUUGGCUGGUGUUGCAAACAGUUAUGGAGGCCUACAUUCACAAGAAGACACGACCAAUAUGAAGAUUCAGAUAAGUGGGCGUGGCUUAGCUCUGAUGACUCUCUACUGCACUAUCUCUGGUCUAGCAGGCGUCUACACAGAAUAUAUAUUGAAAAAACAUCACCAGAGGCAUCACACACGUCUUACGAUAGUAGAAAACCCGAUAAAAAGAGUUAUUUUUGUAGUUACAAACUAG